GCAUCUGAUGCCGCAGUUGCGCGCCUGGUCGGCCUCUUUGAGGUUCCGCCCGCUUCGACCAGGUGGCGCUUUGCUAGUUGGGUGCGUUUAUCCGCUCGGUGGUCCCUUGUUCAUUUUCGAUUUCAUAAUGGCGACCGUGCAUUCCUCGGGCCUGGCCAAGCUUCCGGGCGGCGUCCACAGCCGCGACCACCGCAUCACGGUGCCACUCGACCACUUUGACGCGACCAACCACGAAACCAUCGAGGUCUUUGUGCGCGAAGUCGUCGCCGACAAGCACCUCGCGAACGACCAUUUGCCGCUGCUGCUGUACCUCCAGGGCGGCCCAGGCUUUCCGUCGCCGCGCCCGGGCGCGCCGCCGUCUGGCUGGCUCAAGAAGGCCCUCGAGGACUACCGCGUCCUGCUCCUCGACCAGCGCGGUACGGGCCUCUCGACGCCUAUCACUGCGCAGUCGUGCCGUGACUUCAAGGACCCGGACGCGCUCGCGGCCUACUUGCGCCACUUCCGCGCCGAUGCGAUCGUGCACGACGCCGAGCUCUUUCGGUCGAGUGUGUUUCCGGACCUGAACCUGACGCUGCUCGGGCAGUCGUUUGGCGGGUUUUGCAUCCUCUCGUACCUCUCGUUCUUCCCCGGGUCGCUCGACCGCGUCCUCUUCACAGUCGGUUUGGCGCCGGUCGGUGCGUCCGCCGACAAUGUAUACGAAGCCACGUACGCCAAGAUGGCCGAACGCAACCGCCGCUACUAUGCGCGGUACCCCGAAGAUACGUGGCGCGCGGCCAAGAUCGCGCACCACCUCAUGCACCACCCGGCGGCGCUGCCCGGCGGCGGUGUCCUCACGGCGCGCCGGUUUGCAACGCUCGGCGCGCAGUUUGGCUUUGCGGGCGGCAUGGAGACGGUCCACUACCUCCUCGAAGGCGCGUGGCUCAACGAAGACGAGCUCUCCUCAGGCUUCCUCGCCGGCGUCGAGAGCCUCCAGGCCGGCUUUGACACCAACCCGCUCUACUUUGUGCUGCACGAAGCUAUCUACUGCGAUGGCCCCAAGGUCGCGUCCAACUGGUCGGCGCAGCGCGUCCACGCGGCCGGCGACAAGCGCUUCCACUGGGACCGCUUUGGCACGAUCACGACUGACAUGGACCCGCUCUACUUUUCCGGCGAAAUGGUGUUUCCGUGGAUGGCCGAGGACUAUGCGGGCCUGCGCUUCUUCAAGGCCGCGGCCGAGAAGCUCGCGGCGACGUCCAACUGGCGCCCGCUCUACGACCUUGAUGCGCUCAAGGACACGGAGAUUCCCGGCGCGGCGCUCGUCGCGUACGACGACGUGUUUGUCGACCGCGACCUCUCGCUCGCAACCGCGCGCCUCCUUGGCGACAACGUUGCUGUCUUUGUCUCGAACGAGUACCAGCACAGCGGCCUCCGCGACGAGCCGGCGCUCUUCGAGAAGCUUCUCAAGGCCUCCAAGGGCGAUCUCGUCUUGCCGUCGUAAGCUCGAUCCGCUGCAAUAAGAACUGAAAGUACGUGUUGUUAUAAAUAAGGGGCGAGGUCUUUUCGGAUCUCUUGGAUGGUGCAAA